AUGAAGGUUUCAAGCAUUUUCUUCGGCCUCACCGUCCUUCUUGCCACUGCUUCUGCCUCUCCUGCCAUGCGACGAGCCGCCGCCGCCGCUGACCUUCGAGUUCGUCAAGACGACCAAGUCGCUGAAGUGGGAGCCCCAGUUCAGGGUGCUCCAACUACACCAGAUGGCACUGCUAUUACUGUCAAGUCGACUAUCAAGGAAACAAUCCUUGCCCAACUCCCAAGAAUGCCAGACAUUGAACCAGCGGUCGCCGACUUCCUACGAAACUUCCCUGAUUCUGGAUACGAUCAAAUUUCUAAGAUGCAGGAUCCGCAGUUGACUGAAGCGAUUACUUCGCUUUUGUCAGGACAGGUCCCAGCUGGUGUUACCGUUGGCUAA